UUGCAGUAGCCCACUGUGGCUCAGUGGGCUACUGCGUUGAUCUUCAGAUCAGAGGAGCACUGGUUUGAGUCCCACUGCAGUCUGCAUGUCAUUGUGUCCUUGGACAAGACACUUCAGCCCAGAUUGCUCAUGUGGGGAUUGUCCACUAUACUUAAUGUAUAUAAGUCGCUUUGGAUAAAAGUGUCUACCAAAUGACAUGUGAUGGAAUAUUAUACAUCUCAUUCUAUUUUGUUAAUCUUGAUGAUGCUCUCCUGUUAGGAUUAAAGGUGUCAGUCCAAAGGUGAUGAAGAUGGUUCACAUGUUGAGGCUGAGGAAGAUCUUCAGCGGGACCUUUGUCAAAAUCAACAAGACCUCAGUAGCAAUGAUGAAGAUGCUGGAGCCUUAUGUGGCCUGGGGAUUUCCCAACUUGAAGUCUGUUCGUGAGCUCGUCCUGAAGAGAGGACAGACUAGGGUUGGCCGGAGGAGAGUUCCUCUCACAGACAACACCUUCAUUGAGCAGCACAUGGGUGAGUUUCUUCCUCAGCCACAUGAUGAUGGCAGGCUCACCACCAGCACACGCAUCAGCAGGGCUCAACGCUAACUUUUUAAAGUGGU